AUGGCUGAACCAGUAGCACCACCACAUCCUCUUCCUCACGGAAAUAAAACACAUGAAAUUUGCCUCACUUUCCCGUUAAAGGUAAAUUCCUAUGGCGUAUGGGAAAACCUGGCUUCUCCAUCGGAAGUUUUCACGUAUUCUUUACCGCUUUUGGAGAUACAGAUACUCUUGAUAUUCGCCGUCACACAUCUCAUUUUUGUCAUCCUCAAGCCUCUUGGAGUUACCUUCUUUGCCUCACAAAUGUUUGCUGGCAUGAUCUUGGGGCCUGCAAUAAUGAACAGAGUAGGAGGGUUCCUUGGCAAAGUGUUUACUGAAGAAGUAGGUAUUAAAAUGCUUGAUAAUGUAGCCAUCUUUGGUCUUGCCAUAUUUUUGUUUCUGAUGGGAGUGAAAAUGGACGUCAAGAUGGUCUACAGAGUACCUGGUGAAACUGCCAAGUUAAGACUCGAACGCUUUUUGGCAAUAACUGUUGAAUCUUUAACAGCAUUUUCGGUGGUCGCGUGCCUUUUGAGCGAGCUCAAGAUUGUAAAUUCAGAACUGGGACGACUGGCUCUAUCGUCAACAGCCAUCAGUGACUUGUGCAGCUUAAUUGUAGUUUACUUCAUUACCUUGGCAAAAAAAUGGGCUGUGUCGCGGUUGGUGGCGAUAUGGCUUGCAGGACUUAAGGUUCUGGAUGUUAGCUUUAGGGUGUGGCGAUCUGCCCUGGUAGACAAGUUUGAAUGUUUGGUCAAUGGGUUCUUUCUAGUGGUCUACGUAACCACAUCAACAAUGAGAGUUGAUCUAACCGAGGUGUUCAAUAAGUCUCCAGUCGGAUUUUCAAUCAUUUUUCCUAUUUUGGCAUUCCUCGCCAAGUUUAUAUCCUGUUUCGUAGCUUCAUUUUGGAACAUGAUGACGUGGAGGGACUCAUUGGCUUUAGCUCUCAUUAUGAGCAGCAAAGGCGUCGUGGAGCUCUCCUAUUUCUCCUCUUUCAGAGACAGUAAGAUGAUUUCAGAAAAAACUUUUAGUAAGUUGUCCCUUUUCGUUCUGGCAAAUGCAACUGUAAUCCCAAUCCUGGUGAAGUAUCUUUACGACCCUGUUUCCAAAAAAUAUGCGGCUUAUCAGAAAAGUAGCUUGGUGCACUUAAAACCCAAUGCCGAGCUACCAAUUCUCGCAUGUAUCCAUAGACCUGAACAUGUUCAACCCUUGAUAGAUGUGCUCGAAAUCACAUGCCCUACAAAACAGAGUCCUAAUUUUGUUUAUGCACUUCACCUCAUCCAGCUUGCCGGUCGUGACUCUCCUGUCUUCAUAGCUCACCACGAAAAUGGAGCGGUGGGUUCCUUUGAACACAUUGUUGCUUUCAAUCAUUAUGAGCAAAACAAUUGGGGAUUGGUCAAAGUAAAUGCAUACACAGCAAUCUCUCCGCCUAAACUCAUGCAUGAGGAUAUCUGCAAUCUGGUACUCGACAAGCAAAUAUCCUUCAUACUUCUUCCAUUCCAUAUAAAAUGGUGUAUUGAAGGUUCAGUUGAAGCUGAAAACAGUGUGAUAAGGAACCUGAAUCGCAACGUCCUGGAUCGAGCCCCUUGCUCUAUAGGGAUUCUUGUUGACCGCAGAAGAAAACCGUCAUUGUCGAGGUCAUCAUUCUACUCCAUUUGCAUGCUCUUCAUGGGCGGCAAAGACGAUAGGGAGGGUUUAACAUUAGCCAAACGCAUGGCCCGUGACCCUAGGGUGAAGUUAACCGUCAUCCAUCUCUUUUCUGAAAAAGACCGUGGCAAUAUCGACUGGGACACAAUGCUUGAUGCUGAGAUAUUGAAAGGUAUUAAGAACAAUGAAUUUAGUAACAUAACGUAUAUAGGGGAAGUUUCGAACAAUGGACCACAAACUGCGACAAUCGUUCGAUCGGUUGUGGAUGACUUUGACUUGAUGAUCAUAGGUAGACACUACGGGGUGGAUUCGGUCCAAACAAAGGGUUUAACGGAAUGGAGUGAAUUCCCAGAACUAGGUAUUAUGGGAGACAUCCUUUCAUCCCCAGAUUUAGAUAGUAGGGUAUCUGUACUAGUUGUGCAACAACAUCAUCAUGUAAUUGUAGGUAGACAUUAG